CGCUCCUUUGGUCAAUCUCACACGGUCACACCUGCGAUGCGCUGCCCGCGUCAACCAACCCUUCUAAACCGGUACCGUUACAAUCUAUCACCUCUUCAUAACGGAAAAAGUUUCACGGCAACGAUAUAUAUAAAUAUAUCAUAUCGGAACGCCGGUCGGCGGACGAACCCAUCUGCCCUCGCCUUUUGUUUUUUCUCUCUUCGCCUUCUCGGCUGCCGCCGCUGCCGUUUUCUCUUUACGGAUCCCCACUGCUGACCUCGUCUCCGGCCUCUUCUCCUUAACUGCCGGCUGAUUGUGGAUCUCCACGCACCCUCCCCCAUGGAAGACGACGAGGACGCCCAGUCGCCGUCGCGCUCUCCGCCACAAUCCGUCUCCGGAUCUGCAUCGCCUGAGUCGUCACCGGACGCCGUUCCCAUCUCCGUCGUGGCUCCUUCCUCCUCGCCCCACCAGGCCAACGGCCGAACCGCCGAGCCCGUCACCGUCGCUGCCCCAGCUCCGGAGCAUCACGCCCUCCCCCUCGCCCUCCCCCUCGCCGUCCCCAUCCAGCAGACUCGCUCCUCCCCUGCUGGUGGAGGAGGUGGCCGGGACGACUGUUGGAGCGAGGGCGCCACCUCCACCUUGAUCGACGCUUGGGGGGAACGCUAUCUGGAGCUCAGCCGGGGAAACCUCAAGCAGAAGCACUGGCAGGAGGUAGCCGACGCCGUCACCAGCCGCGACGGCUACACCAAGGCCCCAAAGACCGAUGUCCAGUGCAAGAACCGGAUCGAUACCCUCAAGAAGAAGUACAAGGCCGAGAAGUCCAAGAUCUCCGCUUCCGGCGGCAGCUUCUCCUCCUGGCCCUUCUUCCACCGCCUCGACCUCCUUCUCGGCCCCAGCCACAAACCCACGGCUCCUAGCGAAAAUAUCCCCGCCGGCACCCGCUCCUCGUCCCGCCGCCCGCAGCCGAUCCCGAAGCGGCAGAGAAGCGGCUAUCCGACCGUUAAAAAAGCAAGGAAGUCGUCGCCGGCGUCCGUGUCGGUCUCAUCCGCCGAUUCCUCCGAGGGGUUCCCGCCGCCAAGGGCGUCCAACGGAAAGAGACAGCACGAGCACCACCACGAAGCGGAGGAGGUUAGGGAGGAAAAGGGAGGGAGGACAGAGGAGCUAAAGGAACUGACGCGAGUCAUCCUGCGGUUCGCAGAGGUGUACGAGAAAGUGGAGAGCUCCAAGCUACGGCAGUCGAUGGAAAUCGAGAAGCAGCGGAUGGAGUUCACGAGGGAGAUGGAGCUGCAGCGGAUGGAGUUCCUGAUGAAGACACAGAUGGAGCUUUCACAGCUCAAGAGGCACCACCAUGGAAGCAGUAGGAAAAGAAAGAUGAAUCAUGGAGGUAGCAGCAACCACCACCAGCACAAUAACACCAACAACACUAGCAGCAACAGCAAUAACAGUGACAAUAAUUGCUAGGCCAAACUUUGCUUCCUUUUCCAAACUGUUUGCUUUGCUAGUUGCUACUACUACCUUUGCCAGUUUAGUAGUGAGUGUGAUGUCAAGCUGGAAAUUGUGUAUUACUCUGCUGCCACUCCAUGUGCCUUUGAGUUUCUUUUCAGUGAGUUGGUGGACUGUGUGUGACCCAAGUUAUCCUGCUGCAGCUUCAUUAUAUUUAAUUUUGUUAUCAUUUGAUGUUCAUCAUCUUCUAAAGUAAAUGUAUCUGUCUUUGUAAGUUAUUCCUUAUCAACUAUUCUAACUUAUUCUUAUAAA